UAGAAUUCCUGCAACUAGUCUAGACAUUCAAAAUCAUCCAUCUAUUAUUUGUUUCAAUCAUCGUGCUGGUAUCCUUACCUCCGGAGUGCUUAGAAAAGAUCUUCAGCGCUGUUUGAUCAGAGAGACGCCUAACGUCCAGAUCCCCUCACCACUUCCCCGCUUCCUCACCCAAACAACGUCAUCAACCAAAAACAAUCAACAAUGGAAGAAGACAUCCUGAUUGUCGGUGCCGGCAUUUUUGGCGUCAGCACAGCAUACCAUCUCGCUCUCAACGCCCCCAAUCCCGCCCGCAUCACUCUUCUCGACCGCGCCGACCCUCCAUCAUCCACCGCAGCAUCCACCGACAUCAACAAGAUCAUCCGAGCAGAUUACUCCAACCCCCUAUACAUGGACCUAGGAUUCGAAGCCAUCUCAGCUUGGCAAAACCUCCCCUUCUUUUGCGACGCCGGAGUCUACCACCAAAGCGGAUGGAUAGCCAUGGACGAGAAAGAUAGCGACGUGCCGACGCGCAUAAGGGAGAAUUUCCGCAACAGUGGGCGGGAAGACGGCAUCGAGGAUCUGACGGAAGAGGAAGUCAGGCGGCGAUGGAGCGUGCUAGGCAGGACGGAUUUUACGUCGUUUGGGUCAUUCUACUAUAAUCCCUCGGCGGGGUGGGUUGAUGCUGGAAUGGCCUUGCAGGUUAUGACGAGGGAGGCUAUUAACCUGGGGGUCGAUUAUCAGGUUGGGGAGGCGAAGAGGAUAGUGUUGGGGAAUGGGAGGGUUGAGGGGGUCCAGACUGAGUCCGGUCGUGUCUACAAGGCUGACAAGGUUCUUCUGGCGACCGGAGCCUGGACGAGUCAAUUGAUGUCUUCGGUGGAAGAUGAACUGGGUCUGGCCGAAGCUGAAAGAGUGGAAAGUCAGGUCUCUGCUACUGGGGUCUCGGUUGCUCAUUUUCAACUGUCAGAGUCGGAAAAGGAAGUGUAUAAUCAGCUUCCUGUGUUUGUUUACGGAGGAUUGGGCGAGGUGAUUCCACCGACCGAGUCGGGAAUUCUCAAAUUUACUUUCUCGACCUCAUUCAAAAACACCAUUCAAACCCCAUCUGGUCACAGAAUCUCCGUCCCGUCAUCCAAAAGUCAAUGGGAAGUUCCGAAGAAUCUCCAGGAAGACUCAAUGCCGCAGAUUCGUGCGCGACUCCCGCAGCUCGUGGAGAAUGGCCGACGACCAGAUUUCUACCGGAUUUGCUGGGACUCGAUUUCUUCGGACCAACAUCCUCGUAUCAUAAGACACCCUGAUCCAAAUCUGGCAAAUCUGUAUCUUGCGGUUGGUGGUUCAUUCCACAGCUACAAAUUCUUGCCUACGAUUGGAACGUAUGUUGCGAACGUGCUGAAUGGGACCGGCAAUGGGCUGCAGAAAGACGAGGCAUGGGCGUGGAAACAAUCCCACGCAUCCGAGAGGGGAGUACAUGAGUCGCUUGUUCCAAAGAACGAGCUCGCGGAUUUUGCAUGA